GUUACAAAGAUUCAUAGCGCUCUCAAGUUUAGGCAGUCUCCGUGGAUGAAGGAAUAUAUUGAGAAAAAUAUUCGUAAACGCAAAAUAGCCAAGGCAAAUAGGGAUGAGUUUGGGUCAUUAGAAUUACUCCGAACAGAAGAGGAUAAAAAAAUCAGGCGCCUAGCAAGUUCACUAUUAUAUGUAGGCUUUAAAGCAUUCGAAGGGAGUAUCACAGCA